CGAACUUGUAUAGUUUAUUGAAACGUCCAUAAACUGUUUUUAUUAAUUACAUUUUGCUUCCAUUCUAUCGAAAUUCAAUAAUAUGCAUGUCGCGAAAUGAUACGGAAGACAGUGCGUGAAUAAAUUGCUCUUUGACGACACCAAUGACAUUUUAAUCGUUGACUUGUAUUACACUUAACUCUCUCUCUCUCUCUCUCUCUCUCUCUUCCUACAAUUUUAGUGCAUAACGUACUAUAUCGUGGAAGGCAAGUAAAUUUAGGUAAUGAGACUUUCCAAACAUGUUAGCAUGAGCUCUUGUUUGCCAGAUGCGCUAACACAUAAAUUCCUGUUUGCCGCAGCACAUAGCAGCUACGAAAUAUACUUCAACGGAUGCUUGCAAAGCACUUUGAACAUGUGAAUAUAGACUGAUUUCUCUCAUAGGUAUAUAUUUUACGCGAUUUUAUUAAUAAGUAUCUUCGGCGACUAAUAAUUUCAAAUGUUUCCUGUUUUUUAAUCAGUUUUUGAUUUGUUCUACUUUUGCUGCAGUAUAACUGACAUACCGAGAACAACGUAAGGAGAAAUAAUGUGAGAUAUAAAACGCAAAUAUGGAAGGAAAAUGAAUUUAAAACGCUUAUUAAUAAACCACAGAGCCUAUAUGCAUUGGCAAAUGUAAACCGAGCUAAUGAGUAACAAGAUAAAUACGCACUCUCAAGUUAUAUAUAAACUAAAUUUCCGAGAUAUAUAUCGGUCGUUAUAUAUAGAGAAACUCUCCGUGUUGUAAGAUACUCCUCGUAUGGCUUUUGUAUCCCACAAGUAUGAUCUUCGGGUAACGGUAGAUCGUAUAUACACGAGUUGUGAGCUGGGUGAUCGCGCGAGAAAGGUGUGCCGCGCGAUCAACGUCGAAUUUUCUCUCAGUCGGCUUUCAGCCGGUAGAUCGUUACCAUCGAUUCGUUCGGAUCUCUCGUCGAUCGCUCCUCAUCGAAUAUAAGUGCGCGCGUGUGGUUCGUGUGUGUGUACAUGUGCCAUCAUCACCACCGUCCGCAGCAGUAACGGAAAAGAAGAGGGCUCGACCCGCAGUGGCCGGAAUCAUCGAAAAAUGGACGCGACGCCGCAGCGAGUUAUUUCCGGUUUACUUUUGUUCGUCCUCGUCACAUUACACCUCGGUUACGCUAGGAAUGGACCCAAUUAUUAUGGUAAAUUAAUCGGAUCUCUACAAGAAUACGCACACGGCAUCAAAGGUAAAGUAUAUGCCGUUGAUGACGCAACGAUAUUUAUAAAAGGAUUUUGUUACGACGGCACCGGCCCAGAUGCUUACUUCUGGGUUGGGAAUACCAGCCAACCCAAUCCCGAAGGUUACAUUGUACCUUAUCCCGAGACUGAUAGGGGCAGCGACCCACGAGUAUUGGAGGCGUACAACUACACAGACAUUAUCCUGAGGCUACCCGGAGGAAAACGCAUACGAGACAUUAAAUGGUUGAGCGUUUGGUGCAGAAGAUUUACAGUCGAUUUCGGCGACGUUUUCAUACCGUCUGACUUGAAGGUACCGAAAUUGCAAGUGCUUCCUGAAUUUUCGAGAUUGGCGCACGGCCUCCGCAGCGGCAACAUCAGUAUUCUAGACAGCAAAACAAUCUACAUUCCAAAUUUGCAUUACGACGGUGGUGGACCGGACGCUUACUUCUGGGUAGGCAACGGCUCAGAACCCAGCCGUUUUGGUAUCAAGGUCCCCAAUGAAGUAGACAGUUUGGCACCAUUAAGAGGAUACCAAGGAGAGGACAUCGAGAUCGUCUUGCCGGGGAACUUGACGGUGUACGACAUCAGCUGGCUCGCGGUGUGGUGCGUUGAAUACAGACACAAUUUCGGCCAUGUUCUAAUUCCAAGGGACCUCGACGUUCCACCGGCUCUCGGCCAGACGAAAAUUACGCCGCCAUGGUGGUAUAAUCCAACGAGCAGCACACCGACGCCUAAGGUGAACAACUGCAAAGAGAUGCUAAAUGGCCGUAUUCAAGUGCAGUGGCAGCUGAAGGGUGAGGACGUGCAGAUUCGACUGUCGGGACGCAUCAAGGAGGACCAGUAUGUGGCGUUCGGGUUGUCGGGUGAGGAAGGCAAGGCCGAGAUGAUCGGCGGCGACGUCGCUGUGAUCGGAUACAAUAAACGAACCGGCAAGUUCAUCGCCGAGGAUUACUACAUGUCGGACUUAUCUCAGUGCGAUGGCAAGAAGGGUGUAUGCCCGGAUGAGAGGAUCGGCGGGAGAAAUGACGUGGUGCUCUUGCAUGGGGAAAGGAAGAAUGGCAUAACAACGGUUACGUACACACGUCCGAUGAGAACCAACGAGCCAGAGAAGGACAGGAUGAUUCCGGAAAGGGAAACCAGCGUGAUCGCUGCCAUCGGAGUUCUGAAUUCGCAGGGCGAAGCAAAUGCUCACGAGAGAUUCGAUAAGACUACCGAGGAUAUUCGUAUCGAUUUUACGUCGAGAAAUGUUCACGACUGUACAAAUUCCCUGUACAAUAUUCCGGACGAACCUGAUCUUGAACCCUGGACGCCGGCCGUUAUCAAUGAUAAGAAUCUUUUCAGUGCAAGAAUUGGACCGACUGGUUCGAAAAGAGGAUACUCAAAAAUCACAGGUACACCCUCUUGGGGCAUCGCAUGGUAUAUCAAUGAUUUGCUGAUCCCGGAGAUCACCGUCGAGCGAGGAAAAACUUAUACCUUUAUUGUGGAGGGUGGAGACGAUUAUACCAAUCCCGCUAGGUAUCAUCCAUUCUAUAUAACUGACAGUCCGGAGGGUGGUCUUGGACAACAGACAGGGAAUCAAAUAAUGAACGAAAGAGUAUUUGCUGGCGUAGAGCGUGGUUCUGACGGAUAUUUCGAACCGACCGCAAAGGGUCGUUAUUGCGAAUGGGUCCGCACUACGGUGGAUAACCCGGAUAAUUACAAGACGUUUAAGAGAUUCUUCGAAACGCUCGAACUCAAAUGCGACAAGGGCGAGCCUGCCAAGCUCGUGUGGACCGUGGAAAAAGACACGCCGGACUUAGUUUACUAUCAGUGUUACACGCACAAACAUCUGGGCUGGAAGAUUCAUGUCGUCGACCCGGGACGGUCGCUGAGAAACAUUAACGGUGUCAGUCAAGUUUUGCCUGCGUUUACGACAUCUGUGGUGUCCAUCAUCGCACUUCUUUUAUUCUCAAGAUGAAUCAUUGCGUUUCCUUCUUUCAACGUGGAACAAAUAAUAGAAGACAAAGAUGACGACGAAAAUUGAUCGAUUUAAGAUGAUUACGAUAGCUACAACAAUGUACACACGAUUGUUAAAUCGACGAAACACAUACAAGGUUGUAUGAAAGUAUUUAGUACGUAAGAUUUACUUGUAAGGUAAAAGAUUAGCAAAAUAUUUUUAAGACCUAUCAGAUUCAAUAUUUCAUAUUAUAUAUACAUAUAUAUGAGAUAUAUAUAUUAUA